AUGGCAUCAAAAAUAUUAAAAGCGACAACAAAUCUAACUGGAUUAACUGUAUGCAAAGAUCCACAUUAUGCAUUAAAACUUCUUUAUGGAAAAAUUUUACGUGAUCUUAAAAGUAUACCUGAAACAUCAGCAUAUAGAAAAUAUACUGAAGAUAUAGUUAAUUCACGUCUUGAACAUGUUGAAAAUGAAUCAAAUAUCGCUCGUCUCGAACGUAAAAUUAAUUGUGGUCAAAUCGAAGAAGUCAUUGUACAAGCUGAAAAUGAACUUAUGUGUGUACGUCGAAUGGCUUUAAAUCAUGUUUGGGAACCACUUGUCGCACAAGCACCAGCUAAUCAAUGGAAAUGGCCUAUUGUUUAA